ACAGCAAGCAAGGUCUGGGCUCCUUUACUCGUGGUACACCAUGGCUCAGCGCGGUGUAAUUCAGGGUCAAAUAUUUCUGGACUCGUUCAACCCCAUCCUGGAGAAUGCCAUCAAGCCGCGGCUGAUGGAGGGGAAACGAGAGCCGUGCGAGCUCAAGGUUUCCGACUUCGACGACGUCAUGUACACCGUAGAGGUCCCACCAAACAACCUCAGCACGCUGUCCCUGUCCAUAGCCAUCAACGGCUGGGAUCAGAUCUCCAGCAAUGGUGGGUCGGAAGUGCUGGCGACGAAGUACCAGGGGAUGAUAUCUCCCCAGGUACGUCCAGGGCACAACCUGACGAUCACCACAAACCUGGAUAACCCCACCGUACCUGCGGAGCAACUUCUCAAGAGCUUGACGGAGCUGAAGCGAAAUCUGAUGGCGGCCCCGUUCGAUCGAGCGUUCGACGCUCUGAGGGAGGGGAGGGGUGGCAGCGUGCCCCCGGCGGCGAUCCCGUGGCGGAAGAACGAGGUGGUCUACGUCGUGCCCCAGGCGGAUCGCGUCACGAUUAUCUUCGCGAUCGAUUUCACGGAGUCUGACGAGAGGGCUAUUGCCAAGUCCUUCCUAAUGGAGUUCGUGGACGCCCAGCGAGUGGCCAACAACUCCCCACCGUGCACUUUCACGCCCGACGCGCCGCUAGAGCUCAAGAGCAUGCCCAUGCCGCCGAGCCACACGCCUGUGGGCUUUCUUAGUUUUGUGAUCUUCCCGCAGCACGUCGACAGGGGCCGGCAGGAGAAGACUAUAACGCUCUUAACGGGGUUCCGCAACUACCUGCACUACCACCUCAAGGCAACCAAGACCUACAUGCACAUGCGCAUGCGGAAACGAGUGGUCGGUCUGCUGCAGGUGUUGAGCCGAGCAGUACCCGAGGAGGAGGCGAAGGCAAAGAAGACCGCUAAGGGACGCACGUUCAAUCGAGGAUGAAGAAGUUUGUUGCGACACUGUAGUGUUUGUUGCUGGUAAAUUAGUUGUCGUUGUUGAAGGAAUUCUGCCGAGAAGAGUUUUGGCUGUUGGUAUGCGGCAGACAACGGAACGAGACUCGCCGCCGAGCCUCGAGGGCCAACCAAAGGUGGUACUCUCUGCGCUGCUGCUUUGUAACUGCCGCACUCUGUGCGCUGCUUCUUUGUAACUGUGGGGGUGAAUUUUUUCGCUAGUACAGUUUUUGGUCGAGUAUGCGGCUACACUUGGCAUCCCGUCUUGUCUCCGUUGUUGUGUUACCUGUUGGUAGAGCUGUGGGUCUGUAGUUUUGCGUUGUUUAGAGGAUCGGCCAUGCAGCAGUAGUCGCGCCGCUCGUCUGGGGGGCGGGAAUGUAUGGUACUGCGGCUAGCGUGUGCCGAGGAUGGCUUGUCGUGCCCUCUCUCUGUGCUGCCUCUUUUUAAGGGCCUAAGAUGCAAUGGGUUAUUGCCACAUACUCUUUGAAGUAGGCGGUUGUAAACUGCGAUAUUUUUUAGCUGUCUGAAGUCUGGGCUCUCCGGGGUGACACCGGCGCGAACCUGCUGCAGGUCGACGAGAGAUGUACCGGGGGAUGCCCUGGGAGUCGACAUUCGGCCCAGCGAUGCCCAGCAGAGGAGCACUCGCCAGGUCUCGUGGAAUCGGUGAAAAAAACAACCAGCUGUGGACUGCUCAGCUUUUCUUCGCCUUCCUGGCGCGCUCCCUCUCGACCUCCGACUAUUUGCCGUCCUUGUCGCCCUGUUACUGCCCGUGGUGUCGCUCCCUCUCGAUCGCCUCGGACUCCUUGACGUCCUUGUCGCCCUGUCGCUGCUGCACCACAGUUAGUCCAAGGGGGAUGUGUGUUUGGAGUCUUGUCUUUCCAGUGAAUGGGAUAGGACGGAACUUGGUACUGGAUACUGUUUGAGUCUGUACACUGCAAGUUCUCC